AUGUCGUGGGCGGGGUUCAAGAAGAAUGUGAAUCGCGCGACGACGCAGGUGAUGAUGAAGACGGGACAUGUUGAGAAGACCAACGAUCGCGAUUACGCUGUUGAGGAGAGGCGAUUCAGAACCAUGGAGGCUGCCUCACUGAGGUUACAAAAGGAGUCGAAGGGUUACCUGGACUCAUUGCGAGCCAUGACUGCCUCCCAGAUGCGCAUCGCUGAGACGAUAGACGCCUUCUACGGUGAUUCCGGAGCCACGGACGGCGUAGGCCGCAGCUACAAGCAGGCCGUGGAGGACCUCGACGCCGAGACGAUAAAGGCCCUGGACGGCCCAUACCGGACGACGGUGCUGGACCCCAUCACCCGCUUCUGCGCCUACUUCCCCGACGUCAAUGAAUGCAUUAAGAAGCGUUCCCAUAAGAUGCUCGACUACGACGCCCUUCGAGCCAAGGUCAAGCGUCUGGUCGAAAAGCCCGACAAGGACGCCACGAAGCUGCCGCGCACCGAGAAGGAGAUGGAGAUGGCCCGCCUUGCCUACGAGCAGCUCAACGAGCAGCUGAGCACCGAGAUCCCCCAGCUUAUCGAGCUUCGAGUUCCAUACCUAGACCCCACAUUCGAGGCCCUCGUCAAGAUCCAGCUGCGCUUCUGCGCAGAGGCUUACUCGCGCAUGGCCCAGGUGCAACAAUACCUCGAUGCCGAUUCACGAGAUCAGUACGCAGAGGGCCACUUGGAUGCACGCGUAGAGCAAGUCUUGCAGGAGAUUCGGGAGCUGAGCAUCAGCGGCACAGUAUGA